GCUCACCAUUUCAUGAAUUCACAUUGCCUUUCACAUUUUCUCACAUCCAAGCUCUUCAAGUAAAAAAGACUCAUAUUUGGCUUAGCGAAUCCACAGAGAGAAGCAAACACUGAAACAAUUAUCUCUGGCUUCCAUGACCAACCGAGGAGCCUCUUCUUCUUCUGCUUCUUUCACCAAGUCAUGGAAAUACCAUGUCUUUCUGAGCUUCAGAGGUUUAGACACUCGCUCAAAUUUCACAAGCCAUUUGUAUAGCAAUUUGCGUCUACAAGGAAUUAACACCUUCAUGGAUGAUGAUGAGCUCAGAAGAGGAGAAGAAAUAUCAAACGCGCUUCUCACAGCAAUUGAAGACUCAAAGAUUUCUGUGGUUGUGUUCUCCGAAAACUAUGCCUCCUCAAAAUGGUGCUUGGAUGAGCUUGUUAAGAUUCUUGAUUGCAAAGAAUCAAAUCAACAAUUGGUCAUCCCAGUUUUUUGCAAGGUGAAUCCAUCAGAUGUACGGAAUCAUAGAGGAAGCUUCGGGGAUGCACUGGCUAACAUGGACUGCAAUAACGUAGAGAAGCUCAACAGAUGGAAGGAAGCACUUUCGCAAGCAGGAAAAUUGGCGGGGUUCACUCUGUCCGAUGAACAUAGAUCUGAAGCUGAACUGAUUCAUAAUAUCGUUCAACACAUUUCACGGGAAGUAAUAGACCGUACACAUUUGGAUGUGACAAAGUAUCCAGUUGGAAUGCACCGUCCUGUAGAAGAUAUAACUAAGCUACAGCUUUUGGAUUUGAGGGAAAACGAUGUUCGUAUGGUAGGUGUAUGGGGAACUGGUGGAAUUGGUAAGACCACAAUUGCUACAGCUGUUUAUAAUUCAAUUGCCCACGAAUUUGAAGGCUGUUCUUUUUUGGCAAAAGUCAAAGAUUCUAAGGGAUACAAAUUACAGAGGACUCUUCUUUCUGAUAUUCUAAGGGAUAGAAAUUUGGAGGUGGCCAACGUUCAUAAAGGGGCCACGAUGAUAAAGCAAAGGUUGAGUUGUAGAAAGGUUCUCUUGGUUCUUGAUGACGUGGAUGACAUGGACCAGUUACACAAGUUAGUUGGGGCAUGUGAUUGGUUUGGUGUAGGCAGUAGAAUUAUCAUAACAACAAGGGAUAAGCAACUGUUAACUGCUCAUCAUGUUAAUUUAAUACAUGAGGUCGAGAUUUUAGAUGAUCCUGAAGCACUUGAGCUCUUCUGUUGGCAUGCCUUCAAAAGAAGUGGGCCUCCUUUGGGUGAUUAUGUGAAACUUGCAGAACGUGCAAUACGCUAUGCUCAAGGCCUUCCUUUGGCUUUGAAAGUUCUCGGUUGUUGUCUAUGUGGUGGAAGUAUAGAUAAAUGGGAAGCUGCAUUGGAUGGUUUCAAAAGCAAGAAAAUUCAAGACGUUCUCAAAAUAAGUUACAAUGCAUUGGAUCACAGCGUACAGGAGGUUUUCCUUGACAUUGCAUGUUUCUUUAAGGGUAAAGAUACAAAGUAUGUGAAAGACGCUUGUGGCCUCAACGCUAGUUAUAGCAUUGAAGUACUCAUAGAAAAGGCCCUCAUAAGUGUUGAACAUAGUUCAUCCGAUAAUUAUAUUUGGAUGCAUGAUUUAUUAGAAGAGAUGGGUAAGGACAUAGUUCAGCAAGAGUCGCCCACUGAAGCCGGAGGACGUAGCAGAUUGUGGUUUCAUGAAGAUGUCAAGCAUGUUCUGACGAAUAAUACAGGAACAAAUAAAAUCACAGGUAUCAUGUUAAAUUUCCCCAAACAAGAUGAUAAGAUAUUCUUGGAUGUUGGCAAAAGCUUCUCGAAGAUGAAAAAUCUUAAAAUUCUCAUAAACCACAAUGUAUGCCUUUCUGGAGAUGCUAGUUCUAUCGCAAACAAUUUGAGAGUUCUUGAUUGGCGUGGAUUUCCGUUCCAAUUUUUUCCACCCAAUUUUCGUCCAAAUGGACUAGUUGUGCUCAGUCUGCCUGACAGCCGCAUCAAACAACUAGGGGAGGGAUUGAAGCAUAUGAAAAAGUUGACAUCUCUGAAUUUCAAGGGAUCUAACUUCCUAACUGAAAUCCCCCACCUAUCCAGCAGCCCAAACUUAAGGUACUUGAAUGCGAGUUUGUGUACAAGUUUAGUCGAGGUUCAUCCAUCUGUUGGAUAUCUUGAUAAACUUGAAAAAUUGGACUUUCAUUGCUGCUCUGAACUCACGAAGUUUCCAAAUAAAGUUGGGUUGAAAUCUCUGAAAUCAUUUUCUCUUCACGGUUGCAUAAAGUUGGAGAGCUUCCCAGAAAUUGUGGACAAAAUGGAAUCCUUAAUUAAAUUGGAACUUAGUGCAACUGCUAUAGAAGAGUUGCCUUCAUCAAUUGGAAAUCUCACUGGGCUUGAACAAUUAGUUUUGCAAGGAUGUGAAAACCUUGCAAAUCUGCCACAAAGUAUUUAUGGGUUGCAAAACCUACAUUUUAUUCAUCUCGAUCGAUGCCCAAAACUUGUCACAAUGCCAAAUAACUUGAUCUCUGAAGGUUUAUCGAGUGCAGAAUCACUUCCUUUGGAGGUUCGAACCAAUACAAACAGUCCUCGCUAUGGCAACUUCUUGAGGCAGGGGAAGAUGUCUUUUGAAGGGUGCAAUGUAUCAAAUAUUGAUUCCUUGGAGAAUUUUUGUUUCUGGUCCAACUUUGUGACAAUUGAUCUAUCCGAAAGCAAUUUUGUCAGUCUUCCUGUGUGCAUUAGCAAAUGUGUCAACUUGUGGUCGCUUAAUUUGAGGGUCACGAGACAAGCGAAGGUCGACUUGCUCCUAGAAAAGGCGGAACUCAGAGCGCUUACGCUCUUCAACCAUCUGUUUGCGGAGCUCGUCCAACUUCUUCUGCUCGGCCUCGUGCUUUUGCUCUGCCUUCCACGCGUUCUCUGUGUUCCGAACGCACUCUGUUUGCCGUCCCUUCUUGUUCAGAAAUUUCAACGCCAUUCUUUUUCUUCUGCUGUUGCUGCUUCAAUAUUCGAAUGA